CGCGCCACAAACCGCAGGUGUCUUGACCUCUAAUCCAUUGCUUCUGCGUUGCUUCGAGCCUACUUGAUCGCUGCCUCACCUCACUCCCUCUCUCUCGCCGAGUGAGCUUGCGGUUCUUGCCAUUCACGCCUCCCCGAUAUAUACCCGACCAUAUAUACCCACCAGGCAACCAUCGAAAGGGAGGAAACAACCGUCGGUCCAUCAUUACCGAUCGCCAUUACCUUCAUCCAUCCACGUUGCCUAGCUAGCUCAUCGUGGAGUAGCCAGCUGCCGGAGAGGGAUCAACAGAAUGGGACGCCCAUCGUCCGGCGGCGUGGGGCAGCCCAAGCUCCGGAAGGGGCUGUGGUCGCCCGAGGAGGACGCGAAGCUCUACAGUCACAUCAUCCGGCAUGGCGUCGGCUGCUGGAGCUCCGUCCCCAGGCUGGCCGGGCUGAACCGCUGCGGCAAGAGCUGCCGCCUCCGGUGGAUCAACUACCUCCGCCCCGACCUCAAGCGCGGCUGCUUCUCGCAGCAGGAGGAGGACCACAUCGUCGCGCUCCACCACAUCCUCGGCAACAGGUGGUCGCAGAUCGCGUCGCACCUGCCGGGCCGGACAGACAACGAGAUCAAAAACUAUUGGAAUAGCUGCAUCAAGAAGAAGCUCCGGCAGCAAGGCCUCGACCCCGCCACGCACAAACCCAUGGCCGCCGCCGACAAGGCCACGGCGGCAUUGCCGGACGCGGAAGACGAAGACCGCAAGCCCCUUGCCGCGGCGGCCGACAGCAGCCUCGCUCCGAAGCAGCCGGCGGUGUUCGACCCGUUCCCGGUGUGCGCCGAAUACGGCGCCAGGUUCGCCGACGACCUCGGCGCGGUGAACGCGGCGGCAUUGUACGGCCAGUUCUGUGGUGGAAAGGAGGGUGCGGACGAAGACGCCGGGUUCGGCGCCGCGGACUACAGCUGCGUGCUGGACGUCCCGGAGAACCUGGGCUACUACGGGGAGAGCUCCAGCAACAGCAGCAACCGGAACUACGGCGGUGAGGUGGGCAGCAUGCUCGACGGCGAGGUGGGAAGCGUGCUCGAUGGCGAGGUGCUACACUGGGCCAAGGCGGAGCCGGCCUUCGCGGAGAUGGAGUAUGAGUUCUCGCUGCCCUGCCAAGAGCAGAGCCUCCUCCCAAAUUCCGAGUUCAACUUGGAACAGUACUUCUGAAUUUUUUUUUUCCUUUUUCAUUUUAAAAAUAUAUUUUCUUUCUCUCCCCCUCCAUUUUUAAGAGACAGGGAUCACACCAUAAAAUCGCAAGUUAGUGCUACUUCAGGUCAUUUAUAGCAUCAUCCUAAUUUUAUAGGCGAGUUAGCUUACUUCACCCUGCAUGCUGAACAAAUUAUAGAAACUUUCAAUUAAUUGUAUUUUAUUGUCAAAUUACACAGAUGUACACAUUUCUAGGGCAGUUGCGCAUCAUAGCCAAGAAACCAAACUGCGCGAAUUUGUUUAAUAUAUUGACCCUUCAUUACUUUGUGCAUGAACAUGGAUUCUAUCAAGAUUUAUAUCAGAUUCAUGACACCUCAA